AACAUGGCUGCAUUUAUUUCUGAAAAUUUUAAAUUUGCUUCUCUUUUCUUUAAGAGUAAGGAUGUAAUGAUCUUCAAUGGGCUGAUAGCCUUGGGGACAGUGGCUAGUCAAACAGCAUACAACAUAUUUGCCUUUGAAUGCCCAUGUUCUGCACAGAGAAAUUAUCUGUAUGGGUUAGCAGCUAUUGGUGUACCUGCCUUAGCUUUCUUUUUAAUUGGAAUAAUGCUCAAUCGUAGCACCUGGGACCUCAUUUCAGAAUGUCGCAUCAGAAAAUGCCGGAAGCUCUCUGGUGCUGCUGCCUUUGCUCUGCUGGGCUCAAUAGUGGGCCGUGCAGCAGUGGCUCCAGUAACGUGGUCUGUAAUCUCACUCCUCAGAGGAGAGGCCUAUGUUUGUGCACUUAGUGAAUUUGUGGACCCUCAGUCUUUGGAAAACUUUCCUUCCACUACAAAGAGCUCAAUAAUUAUGGCCCAGUUUCCAUGUAAGGAUGUUCCUGCGGAGCUGUUGCACUUUUGGAAAAACAUUGAACGCCAACUCAAGUAUGAAUCUCAGUUCUUGGGCUGGAUCUUAGUGGCUGUUGUCUCUUUUGCUGUAUUCCUGAUGAUGUGUGGAAAGCGCUGCUGCUCUCCCCUGGGCUACCAGCAGGAGGCGUACUGGUCCACCUAUCGAGCCAGUGAGCAAACUCUAUUCCAGCGUACUGCUGAGGCUCAUGCCAAACUCCGUGCUGCAGAGAACAUCAGGACCUUCUUUGGGUUUGUUGCCCUAGAGGAGCAAGAAAAGGGGCUUGUGACAUCAUGUCAGGGGGCCAGACAGGCAAUUUCCAAUAUGGAGUGGAACCAGAUAACAGGAGUUUACUUAUACAGAGAGAAUGAAGGGAUUCCCCUGUACAGUCGUCUCAAUAAAUGGGCCAGUUUCACAAUUGGGAACAACACCGAGGCCAUUGAGAUGGACAUGUUAGGUUAAGAUGUGAAUGAUCAUUGUCAGUAAUAAAUUACUAUAUGGUCAUUUCUAGUGGGUAAUAGUUGUGUUCACUAAUAUGGUAUAGUUUUUUUAACUAAAAUAAAACAUUUGGUUUUAUGUGCUCCUGCUGUGCAAAUUUGUUUAGUGUUCUUUCUUUCUUUCUUUCUUUCUUUCUUUCUUUCUUUCUUUUCUUCGCUUUAACUUGUCAAUAUGAUAAUGUAUUACAUGGGAUGCAAAAACAUAUUUACAAUUUCUUUAGCUUGAUGAUGGUACGAAUUGUGUGUUAGCCCAUCAAAAAUGUAUCUUAAUACAUAAUGCAUACUGAAGCAACUUUUCUACAUUCCUAAAAUAUUUAUAAGACUUAAGCUUUUUAAAAUGUCUGGGCUAUUUGUAUUUUAUAAUAUGUGUAUUAUGUAUAUUGGUUUCAUUGGUAAUUCUUUAUUAAUUACAGUUAAUAAUGCCAGCAUUUGAUAUUAUUCCUUAUAAGAAGUUUUUGAGAAUGUACUGUAUGCUAUCUCAGGUAGGCUGCAUGGUGGUACAAUGGCUAGAAUUUCUACCUCACAGCUCUAGGGUCCUGGGUUCACAAUGGUGUUUUCUGGGUUUGCAUUCCAGCUUCUCCAGUUUCUGUCCACUGUCCCAAAAACAUGAAGGUAGAUGGUUUGGCUCUGCUAAGUUGUCCUUAGAUUAUGUCCUUAGUGUGUGUGUGUGUGUGUGUGUGUGUGUGUGUGUGUGUGUGUGUGUGUGUGUGUGUGUGUGUGUGUGUGUGUGUGUGUGUGUGUGUGUGUGUGUGUGUUUAAGUAAAUUGUGUGAAUGGUGCUCUGCAAUGGACAUCUGCAGUGAGAUUUACAGGAUUGGCUUCAGAUUCAUCACAAAGCCAAACCACACUAAAGCGAUAACUAAAGAUCAACAAUCUCUCAGGUAGACCCUAUGUUGGGUCAUAUUGUUGUGCUGU